AUGAAGCAAGACGCCCCCAAGUACGAGAGUUUCGUCAACCCGAGCGACCUGCUCAAAUGGGUCGAGGAGCAGCCGGAGGAGUCAUGGACGCCUCUCGCCCAAGAUGUGUUUGAUCACCUACUGUCUCUUGCCGCCCAGCCAAAAGGCAUCUCUGGGAACUCAUGCGUGAAGCUGUGUGGAUUCGUCGAGCAAAGCUCCAAGUCCAGCAAGCCCGCCCUGAGAGAAUGGGCCUUCUCCAAGGAGCCCAGCUUGGGCCUGUUCAACUUCUUCAUCAAGUGGAACGAGACGGAGCAGCACCGGUCCAUGAAGCUGGUUCUGGAACUACUGCCUUCUCUGAUCAGGCGCAACCCCGACUCGGCUGUUGCUGAGGUGGUCAAGACGACCGUUCUCGACACUCUCAUCUCCAUCAUCGGGCCGCAGUCCACCAAGCCUUUGUUGAAGUCAUCACUAAAGGCCAUGGACUACUUCGCUACCAAGGUCUUUACCGUCGAGGAUAUCGCUGCCAGCUAUAGACGUACGCAGCCGUCUUGCAGUUGGGACUCUGAAAUGGCGCUGUGGCAAGACUUUUUCAGCCAGAUGCUCGGCUGGAUGACGAUGCACUACGUUUGCCCCACUGCCGGCAAGUUUAUCGUGACCAUCUUCCGUGCUUUGCGCCAGAGUUCUCUGAAGAACCCCCAAGCAACGGGCAUCGAUGGCUUCAGCGUCGUGGCUUGGCUCCGUUGGGUUCAAGCCGCCAUUGACGCGACGCCCUCUCUUUUGGAGGGUGUCAAGACAUACGUUUUCCUCCCCCUGUUCAAGGAUGACCACAAGGAUUCGGUCCAGAUUCUGCAGCAGAUUAACAGCUCAUGGUCUGCGUCUGAUUCUAGCGCCGAGUUGGACACCCUUGCUCAGCUGAACCUCGCAGUGCUGGAAGUUGGCAAGAAGGUCGGCAUGGUUGAGGAGCCUGGUGCCAUCGUCCAAGAAGAUUCCUCGUCAGUAGUGCUGGAAGAGGAGGUUCUCCAGAAAGUCCUCUCGCAUCCCUCUCAUGAACUGCGCUCACUCGCCCUGUCGCUCAUCAUUGCGUCUCCUUCCACCACCAGGCCCUACUCCCCCGUAGCUCUGCGUCUGCUGCAAGUUCACUUGCAAACGUACUUUUCAGAGUCGGACGCAAAGUUCCGCAUGGAAGUUCUGAGCAAGCUGAAGGACAUGUUCAAGCGGAGUCGCGGCGCCAUCUUCAUCCUGAAGAAGAGUCUCGAUCGCGUCAAGGCCAUCAAGGCGUUGCCCCCUCCUGCUGACGGGAAGCCCAAGCCCGCCCCCAAACCUGCAAAACAGGCCAACCACCGCACCAACAUCCUAUUCUGGCCCGAGGACAAGCUCACCGAGAGCUUGCACCAGCAUGAAGAGUUCCUGGCUUGGUAUCUGCGGUUCCUUCGCUCAGAGUUGAUUCCUACUGCGUCCUUUCAACGGCACUUCACCUCGCUGAGGGCAGUCAUCUUCAUCCUCAAGCUCGAGUUUGACCAGUCCAAGACCUGGGAGACCGAGGACGACGAAAGUCUCUUCUUCAACCACUUUGAUGGGAGAUGGACCCGCACGCUCCUCGACCUCAUCAUGGACCCCUUUGACGACGUGCGUGAAGCCAGCACUUCUGUCUUGAAGAGCCUAUUCUCCGACAGCCGCUUCAAGUGCCUCACCGGGACGCGAGGAGUCUCGCCAACUUUAGAGGAGUUCCUGGCCAGGGCUGGAGACAUUGCCAGAAGAACGGCUCGCGCCGACCACGCUGACGGUGUAGCCCGAACCAACGAGCUCCUCUUCAGGUUCUACAGCGGCCGAGACGCCCAAAUCGCCCACAUCGCCAGACUGGUUGACCUCCUCGAGACCAAGCUCUCCUUCGCCGAGGGCGACCUUGGCAAUGCCGUCCUCGAGGCCCCCGUCCACGGCUACUUCGCCUCCCUCCGCUACAUCUGGCAAGCCGCUGUCGAAAUGAAGUUCUCCGAGUCGGAAAUCGCAACCAUGACAGCCCUACAGACCCGCAUCGUCAAGUGCUGCGGACGCAUCUGGGCCGCCGUCCGAGACAUCCUCUGCGACGAUUCCCCUGAAGGCCACCUCCCCCAAGAGCUCGAAGACCUCGAGGGCCUCGACACGAAGGACCUUCUUAGCUACAGCUUCCGCGCAAUUCACGAGUCAAGCAGCUUGAUGCGCGUCAUGGUCCUGCCACUCAAAUCAAAGCCCCAGCCAGAGACCCUCCGCCCGUCGACCUCUCUGUUCACGACGGUCGGCUCCCUGACCUUCACCCAACUGUCCAGCCUCCGCCACCGUGGCGCCUUCAACACAGUCUCGCUCUCCUUUGCGACCUGCUGUCAACUGGUCAAGCACCUUGAUGCCUCGGACGACGGAUCCCAAAACCUCCUCGAUGUCUGGUACGCCGGCACGAAGGAAUGCAUCUUUGCCCAGGCCUCUACAACUCGUCGCUCGGCAGGCAUCCCCGCAAUGAUCACAGGCAUCGUUUCGGCCAACGCAACGCAGCCCUCCUUUGACGACGUAAUUUCAGAACUCGUGGCCAUCGCCCAGAGGCCGGCUUUUGUGUCCGAGAUAGACGACACCAAGCUCCCGCAGGUCCACGCCCUCAACUGUCUCAAGGACAUGUUCAAAUCCUCCUUCAUCACCCAGCUCGGCAAAUCCGCCCCGCACAUCCCGCAGUGCCUCGAGCUCGCAGCGGGCAGUCUCAAGUCGGAAGUCUGGGCGAUUCGCAACUGCGGUCUGCUCUUCCUCCGCAGUCUCCUGGACAACCUCUUCGGCACGAACGAGAGCAAGGCAACGCUGGAGGCAGGCUGGGACGGGCGUACAACGCGCCUGCAGUACCACAAGUAUCCCAUCCUCCCCGACGUCCUCCUCAACCUCCUCCGCUCAGGCCGCGAGGUCAUGAAGCCCAGCACGAGCACCAUUGCCGCCGAAUCCGUCUUCCCCGCCCUAGACAUCAUCCGCCGCGCCGGGCCUCCCGAUACCUCACGAGACGAGCUCUACGAUCUCGUCACUGGCUACCUCGGCAGCCCUGUCUGGCAUGUCCGUGAAAUGGCAGCCCGCGCUCUUUGCUCGUUCCUCCUCCGCGAUGACGACUGGGUGACCGCGGCAGAGAAGAUCAUCACCGACUCUGUGGCCUCCGACGUCUCGAAUCGCAACAACCGCCUUCACGGCAGCCUCCUCACCCUCAAGGCCGUCUUCGAGCGCCUCUCCGAUGUCUCCCCUCAAACGUUCUCCCUCGCAAUCCCGCGGCUGACUUCGAUCCUCCAAGACCUCGACGCAAACGCUCCUGCAUGCUUCUUGUCUACGCCAGACAUCCGCGCGGCUUACCUCGAGGUCCAGAACCUCAUCUCCAACUUCACCCUUACGAUCCCUAUGACACCCGUCUCGAUCCCUCAGCCGCCGCAAAGCGCCCUCCUCCGCACACAACUCGCCGUCAACGCGGUGCACACCUACCCCUCCGCCGCCUCCCUCCGCGAUACCCUCUUGUCCACAAGCACGACCUCCGUCGAGGCGACAAUCACUAUCCUGGAAACCCUCUCCAGUGUGCGCCACCCCCGUCUCAACCCGGAGGAUGCGGCAUCCUACGCAGCCCUCUACACCGACCUCGCCCUCUCGACAACCCACCCCGAUCUCCGCGCGGCAGCCCUCACAAACCUCGCCUCAAACAUCGACGUCGUCCUGUCCGCAAACCAGUCCACCCUCCUCCCUGCCUCCUCAACCCUCGUCACACUGUGGCAGGACGCAAACACAAAGACGAUAAACCCCAACCUCUCCAACGCCGUGAUCCGCACCAGCGGGCCCUUGCUGGCGACCCUCCUCCUCCGCGGCGAUGCCACCCCGCAAUCACUCCUCGGCUGGGGUACAAUGAUGUCCUCCGCCGGCCACGACUCCUCCCCCUUCGACACCCGCAUCGCGGCGGCCGCCUCCCUCGCCUCCUUCUUCUCCGUCGUCUCCGCCCCAGACGCAGACGCAUCCCGCCUGCCCGCCCUGGUCGCCCUCUACGACGCGCUCAACGACGACGACGACGAGGUCCGCGACAAGGCGUGCCUCUCAGCAAAGCACAUCCUCUCUCAGUCCCUGGCACCCCUCGACGCAGCGGACAGGCUGCUCAGCCACAUGUCGGCAAAUUAUGCCUCCGCGCCGUCUUUCCACGCAUUGGUGGGCUCCCGCAUGACGGGCCAGACGACCGCCGCGUCGCAACUGACAGAGGCUCUCCGCUUCGACGACUCUCUCUUUGCAAUCGAAGAGCAGAACCUCUUCGUCGACGAGGUCCGCGAGUCGCGCCGCUGGGCAGCCGUCUUCGAGACCGUCGCCGGUGGCACGGACAACAAGCAGCUGGCGCAAUGGACCUCAGACGGUCUCGCUGCCCUUCUGAAGCUUGCCAGGGAGGAGCACACCGACGACGGGCCCCUGGGCUGGGCUUCUGUGCCCGACGUCUAUGCCGUUUGCGCGAGAAUCAUCACCUGUGCGGCAGCGCUUGUCAAGACGGGUGUGCAGGUCGAGGGGUUGAGAGAGAAGUUGGUCGAGCUCAAGACCGUGGGUGAGAAGGGACGACUUCACGGUCUCCUACUAGAGAUGGCUACGUUGUAG